UGUUACUUGGGUGAAAAUAAACUACGAAUUUUGGCGUCACUUUUUAUCGCAAGGAAGAAAUAACCUCUUAGAAUAUAACAAAAACAACAACACUGACAUAAAACUCAAUCGUGAGCAGACAUUACAAGUGUCGGAUAUGGAAAAAUUAGGGUUCUAUAUCCGCAAAUUUAUUCGUGAAGCACACAAUGAAGCAAGGCGCCGAUGUCCUGAUAUUUCGUUUAAGAAGGGCAUGUUGAGCAUAGGACGUGAACAUACUUUGACUCCAACAAUGGCCGCAUAUCAAUUUAACAUAAACAUGGAAACCUGGAGGGGGCUGCCAUUAGAGGAAAUGAUGACCAAUGCGGAGAAAACGAAAGUCCAGAACGGUGAAGUUACUCGUGGAUCCUUACGUCUAACUGGUGUAAAUCUAACCAAACCUCUAAGAAACGUCCAGUCUUUACCAGAAACAAGCGGCAGCAACGAGAAUGCUGUACAGAAACGUCCGCUUCACCUAGAAGAAGGCGAAGAGAAUCCCAAUAAGAUAGUGAAAAAUUAG